AUGGCGUCGACGAGUAGAAAACCAUCAGAGGAUGCUGCAGAAUUGAAGAAAGCAAUGGCCACUGCUGCGUCCGACACCAGUACUAGACACUUACAGCUAUCUGCGGUUCCACCGGUACUUUGCUACUGUCUCGCCUCGAUUCUGAUGACACUUGUGAACAAGUUUGUAGUAUCCGGCGCACAUUUUUCAAUGAACUUCUUGCUCUUAUGCAUUCAAUCGAGCGUGUGUAUAGCAUGUGUCGUGCUUGUGAAGAAGAUGGGCAUUAUAUCGUUUAGAUCAUUCAACUGGCAAGACGCGAAGACAUGGUUUCCUAUAAGCUUCAUGCUAGCGUUGGUGAUAUACACUGGCUCGAAAAGUUUGCAAUUUCUCAGUAUACCUGUAUACACGAUUUUCAAGAACCUAACUAUUAUCCUGAUCGCUUAUGGUGAAGUCGUUUGGUUUGGCGGAACAGUGACAAGCCUCACUUUUGUAUCAUUUGUCCUUAUGGUUCUAUCGUCUGUGAUUGCGGCUUGGUCGGAUGUAACCAAUGCCUUAGCUGAAACGACCCCAAUGAUGGGGUCCCAUAGAACGUUGAAUUCUCUACAAGAUAUAACCGACGUAAUGUAUAAACUCAAUAUCGGGUACUUUUGGAUGUUCGUCAACUGCUUGACUAGUGCCGCAUACGUUUUGACAAUGCGAAAACGAAUCAAAGUUACUGGAUUUUCUGAUUGGGAUUCGAUGUUCUACUCAAAUCUUCUUUCUAUCCCCGUUCUCGCAAUUUUUUCUUUUGUGGUAGAGGACUGGGGUAUUGAGAAUUUGAACCGCAAUUUUCCCGAAGAGACACGAAAGUUCUUGUUGUUUGUUAUCGCCUUUUCUGGUGCUGCCGCUGUCGGUAUCUCUUAUACGACUGCGUGGUGUAUUCGAGUGACGAGCAGUACAACCUACAGUAUGGUUGGCGCACUAAACAAAUUGCCUGUGGCAGCAUCGGGUAUGCUGUUUUUCGGUGACCCUGUUACGACUGGCUCCGUGUCCGCCGUCGCUGUUGGGUUCUUUGCUGGAGUGUUGUAUGCAGUCGCGAAGAACAAUCAGAAGAAAGUCGAGAGUCGGACACAGGCUGAUGCUAUCAUACCUUUAACAUCUCGGAAGCCGUAG